AUGGUAUACCUGCGACAGCAUCAGUUACCGAACCUGAAAGACUAUCGAUAUGCGGGCGUGGAUCUGUCCCUUGUUAGCCGAUAUGUCCUCAAGCCGUUCUAUAAUAACUUCGUGAUCAAAUUCUUUCCCAUGAGCAUGGCUCCUAAUGCUAUUACCUUGACGGGUCUUAUUUUCGUCCUGAUCAACUUUGCCACCGUUCUAUACUACAAUCCAACGCUAGACCAGGACUGCCCCCCUUGGGUUUAUGCCAGUUGCGCCGUGGGGUUGUUCCUGUACCAGACGUUCGACGGUGUAGACGGCAUUCAGGCGCGGAGAACUAAGCAGAGCGGUCCCCUAGGCGAGCUCUUCGAUCACAGUGUCGAUGCGUGCAACACUGCUCUGGGGGUUUUGAUCUUCGCGGCUGUUAUGAACCUUGGCCAGUCCUGGGCUACCGUGUUGACCCUUUUUGGAUCUACCAUGACAUUCUACGUUCAAACCUGGGACAUGUACUAUACCCAGGUCUUGACGCUUGGGAUUAUAUCUGGACCCGUUGAAGGCGUACUGACGCUUUGUGUUGUCUUUGGAAUCACUGCAUACAUGGGAGGGGGCAGCUUUUGGCAUCAGCCCAUGCUCGAGACCAUCGGUAUCCCCCAGUUCGGGUUCAUUCCUCAGCGAAUCUAUGAGGUCCCUUUUACUCAGUGGUAUCUCAUUUACGGCGCGUUUGUUCUCUUUUUUGCUGUUGGCUCGAGCAUAGCCCAUGUCGUGCAGGUUCGAAAGGAGAAAGGAAAGGACUCCAUCAAGCCCCUCUACGGCCUUCUUCCGCUUGUUUUGACUUGGGUCCUUGUGCCGGCUUAUCUCUAUCUCAACCCGACCGUCCUUGAGAACUACCUGGUCCCAUUCGGCCUGUAUGUCGGCUUGGUGAAUGCGUACGCUGUUGGGCGAAUGAUUUGUGCCCACCUCGUCAAGUCCGAGUUCCCCUACUCCAACAUUCUUCUUACCCCUGUCGCUCUGGGUGUCAUCGAUGGCACUGCUGUACUUUUUGGUCUUUGGUCGAAGCCUUUGCUUGAUACUAUUGGACAUCCCGCGUUCGUCUUUUUGUCUCUGGGACUGGGCCUUGGUGUUUAUGGAAGCUUCGUGCACGAUAUUAUUACCACAAUCUGCGACUACAUCGAUAUCUGGUGCUUGACUAUCAAGCAUCCGUACAUGCCGGAAGAGACCGCCAACGGCGAUGUUGUUCGUGCAUCCAAGAAGACGUUAUAG